GUUACUGCUUCCGGUUCGCGGAGGGUGGUGGUUGUAGCAUCCCUCCUGCUUAUGAAUGGGUUUUGUUUGGCGUCCUGUUAAAUUUGCGCCUCCCACGUAAUAUUUUGGCAACAAAGGUGUGCUUCUUCGGGUGUAAACAGCAUUAAAUUUACUCCUUGUCCCGGUUCUUUUUAGGGUCUCAAAACAAAAGUAGCUUAGCAUCGUCACGACACUAACAGUAUGCUAACCCACAGUAGCUAGCUAGCCGCUAGCAGCUUAGGUUAUUUUUUUGAUUACUUUACUUAAAUGGGAAUUCAAAUAAGUAAUUUGAAUUUCCACAACACUGCAAAGCAAGUGAUAUUGUGUUAAGAGUGAUAAAUUUAAGAAUGGACCUUAAUUUUUACUCUGACUUGACGGAUGGUUGUGCUCAAAAUGUUGAUCCGGAGUUUCUGGACACUCAGGCGUAUGGUGGAUACUCAGGAGAAAACAAGUUUCCAGAAGGAGGCGACAAUUAUCUGAACAUCAGUGGAGCGGGUCAUCCUUUCUUAUCCGCGGAGCAGACAUUUCACACUCCCAGUCUCGGAGAUGAGGUCUUUGAGAUCCCUCCCAUCUCACUGGACCCGACUCUGAACAUCGGAGAUGCUGUGUCCCACUUUGAGCUGACAGAUGGGUCUGAACGCACCGUGGGACCUUCAGGCUCCCGUAGUCUUGUUAGUAACCUGGUAGUCGCGGCCAACGACCCUUCUUUUGCUUCCACCUUUGUGAACUCUGGGUCCCAGGGCCUGGAGCAGCUUAACCUGGCGGUCAUGGGUCAGUCUGGAGGGGGGGCCCUGCUGAGCUCCUCUGCACUGGAGCUGGGGAAUUCAAGUGGUUCACAUUUCAGCAGUUCAUCCCCCAUGACCAUUGAUGUCCAGCUUGGGGACAUCGGUCAUGGUCUUUUGGGAAGCAGUCACCUGUCCACUAUUAACCAGUCUGAGCUCGCAAUGGGUCUCGGGAGUCAUUCAGAGCAACCACUGUCUGCUACUCCAUCACCAGCAGGCUCCCUGCAAGAUGAAGACAUGGACGACUUCAAGAGGAGUGUUCUGGUAGACUCCCCCAUGACUCUCCCAUCCUCUGCCCUCACCCACAUCUCAUCUCAUCAAAUGCCCUCGUCUUCUUUGCUGCCGGCUAUAGCCAGGAGAGGAGGGGGUAAGCCGGCCACGCUGGCCUCAGUGACGGCGGCUGUGGGUGCUAAAAAAGCGAGGAAAAAGAAAGACCCUAACGAACCACAAAAGCCGGUUUCAGCGUAUGCCCUGUUCUUCAGAGACACUCAGGCGGCCAUUAAGGGCCAGAACCCAAACGCCUCUUUUGGGGAGGUGUCGAAGAUUGUUGCGUCCAUGUGGGACAGUUUGGCUGAGGAACAGAAACAGGUGUAUAAGAGAAAGAAUGAAACCGCCAAAAGGGAGUAUUUGAAAGCACUGGCAGCUUAUAGAGAUAACCAGCUCUCACAGCCUGCCACAGAGGAGAUGGAAACUGCCCCUUCACCUCCUCCACCGGUGAUCCACACAACACCUGCAGUCCUUCCCUCUGCAGGUCAGGUCCUCCGCCCAGGUAACAACAGCCUUGAAGAGAACACCAUCACCAACAUUUGUGCCUCAAACAUUAUCCUGGAUGUUCCAGAGAUGACCACACGUUCCCGCACAGGGGCAAACAAAGUCCCAGCAGCUCCAGCGCCCCCCGCCCAGACCAUCACCAAGAUCAUAAUCCCAAAGCACAUGCUGCAGGCGGGGGGUCAGGUGGUGACGGUGCUGCCUGGAGGGGUCCGCACUCUGCAGCCCACACUGGUGGUGUCGGGCGCCUCUCGUCAGCCGCCUCCACUGCAACAGAUGCAGAACGCUCCGCCUCCUCCACGGCUGCAACAAAUGGCCCCAGCACCUCCGCCCCUACAGGCAAAGCCUCGUGAGGGAGGCAACACAGCAGGCGUCCCUGUGUCACUCACAGCUACACCUCCACCUCCACUCCAGAUAAAGAUAGUCCCUUCCUCUUUGCAGGGCAAAGACACCCUGCCAAUAAUUGUCCCUAGCACAGUGGCUCUUACAACAUCCGCUCAGUCUGCACCUGUGUCAGUUCAGGUGGUGAACUCCGCUGACUCGCAGGGCAACACAGACGAUGAUGAAGUCACUGAAGUGCUGCAUUCAGAAGAGGAGGAGAUGGAGGUCAAUGGGUCGAGCGGCGGUGGGACUCAGAAGUCGGUGUGUGUGAGGACGGGCUGUAACAACCCAGCUGUGGAGAGCAACGACUGGGACAAAGAGUACUGCAGCAACGAAUGUGUGGCCGAUCACUGCAGAGAUAUAUUCAAGACGUGGUGUUCGAUCAGAAAUCAGAACAUGGGAACAGUCAAAUGAAGGACAUCAUCAAAGUGUAUUCAUCAAUAGGAGCCAGCGUUAAAGGUCGGAGCAGGGAUGCAGAACUGAUGCAGUAUGUAAAAAAAACCCGCUUUUUACAGCAGUGUCGCCGUGUCCUCAUCGUUUUAUACUUGUACUUUAGGUUCGACAGUCGCUGUUUGACACAUAAAAAAAGUAGUAUUUGUAAAUGGUACUGAAUUAGGACAGCGAUUCCACGUUGGUCUUUUCGACACAGCAUAUUCUUAUGAAGUGUUACAUUUGAUGAUCAAAACAGCCUUCAGUUUGUCUUCAAGGCAGCUAGAGAAAGAUCAAGUCCACACAGGUCAGUUCCACAUGUCUCCGACUGAAGCAGUUACGACAAAAGGGAUCAACAUUUCACCUUCUUUUUAUUUCCACUGGUUUAAAAACAUGUUUGUUCAGUGCCAUCUUUUACAUUCACAAGACGUGCUCUGAAGUGUUUGAUGGGUCACAUCUCAUAAAAAUAAAGUGAGGGACUUGUACACCUGUCUCUACGCAGCUGUUUUGUACUGUACUGAGGAUUAUGGCCUUCUAUGUCUAAUAAUGCUUUUGUUUUUGUAAAACAUUCAGUUGAGAUCAUUUUAGUUGUUAGUAAAUGCUCGACUUCAGUGUUUCUUAAUAAAUGAGAAGUUAUGCUCAAACAGA